AUGGCAGAGGAGUCAAAGGACUUGAGCCUAAUGGUGCCUGCAGCUGUUGGCAGUUGUGGUAUUCCCGUUUUUAGACUAACUGUUUUGAGUGAAAACUCCUCGAUUGUAGCCAUCAGUGUGAUGAAGUACUACUCGAGUCCUGAAACUUCUAGUCCUGAAACUUCUAGUCCUAUUCUAGUGAGGUUAUAUUUCUACCCUGAUGGUGACAAAGAAAGAUAUGGAGAAGGAUGCAUAUCUCUUUAUGUGAGCAUUGAGGAUACUAGUGCUUUGCAACCUGGCUGGGAGAUUGAUGCCAAUGUCAGAUUUUUUGUAUAUGAUCAGAUUCGAGACGAGUACUUAAUGUUCCAAGACACAAAACGGUUGCAUGAAAUUAACAAAGAAUGCGGCAUUGCCCAAUUGCUGGAUCUCAGCUAUUUCAAGAAUCCCACAAAUGGCUUCCUUUUUCGUGACAAAUGUGUGGUCGGAGUGGAAAUUUUUGCAAAUAUAUAUACUGGUGUGGGAGAGUGCUUGCCGGCGCCUGAGAAAUUCUACUACAACCCCUACACUUGGAAGAUCAAUGACUAUUCUAAGCGUGCAAAUGUUCUCUAUUCUGAAGUUUUUGUCCGAGGAAACCACCACUGGAAGCUAAGACUUUGUCCCAAAGGAGACUUUGGGCAGGAAGCCAAAAGCCUAUCCCUCUAUCUGGAACUGGUUGAAUCAGAACCUGCUACAAGAAUUUACGCAGAUUACAAGUUUCAGCUAAAAAACCAGGAAAGCGGAGAAGAUUUUGAGCUCACAGGUCUUGACGUAUUUUCUUCUUCAACCCCUAGUUGGGGGUUUUCUGAAUUUCUUUCCAUAAAUGAUGUUGAAGACUCUUCCAAAGGAUUCCUCGUUGAAGAUGUUUUGAUUAUUCAAGUCGAAAUCAUCCAUAUCUCAGCUGUUAAAAAGUUCUCCUAAGACUGCUUAACAUACAGAU